AUGCUUCGAGCCGUCCUCCUCCCUACUCUUCUGGCCUUCGGCGCCUUCACCCCCGUCCAUGGCGCCAAUUCGCCAGGCUGCGGUAAACAGCCGACCCUCACCAAUGGCGUCAACCAAAUAAACGGCCGCGAGUACGUUCUCAAAAUUCCCGAUGGCUACGACCCAAGCAAGCCACAUCAUCUCAUCUUCGGCCUUCACUGGCGCGGCGGGAACAUGUACAAUGUCGUGAACGGCGACAGCAUCCAGCCAUGGUACGGCCUCGAGGCCCGCGCGCAAGGGAGCGCGAUCUUUGUAGCCCCCAACGGUCUGAAUGCUGGCUGGGCCAACACCAACGGCGAGGACGUGGCCUUCAUCGACGCCAUCAUGGAGCAGGUUGAAGACGAUCUCUGCGUGGACCAGGCCUCUCGCUUCGCGACAGGGUUCUCCUGGGGCGGAGGUAUGAGCUAUGCCCUCGCUUGCGCGCGGGCUGCUGAGUUCAGAGCCGUGAGCGUACUGAGCGGUGGCUUGAUCAGCGGAUGUGACGGGGGCAACGACCCCAUUGCAUAUUUGGGGAUCCACGGAAUCAAUGAUCCUGUUCUUCCGCUUGACGGAGGUGUGACGCUUGCAAAUACCUUUGUGUCGAAUAAUGGUUGCCAGCCCACGGAUAUCGGUCAGCCUGCGUCUGGCAGUGGCGGGUCCGUUCGAACGGACUUCAGUGGCUGCUCUCACCCGGUUUCGUUUAUUGCAUAUGAUGGCGGGCAUGAUGGGGCGCCGCUUGGUGUUGGAAGCUCGCUUGCUCCGGAUGCAACCUGGGAGUUUUUCAUGGCGGCCUGA